AUGGAGAAUCCAGGAGGAAAUCAAACACCCAUUGUAGAACUGAUCCUCAUAGGAUUUGGGAAUGGCCCUGAACUGCAGCCCUUCCUCUUCCUGCUCUUCCUAGUGAUCUACCUGGCGGCUGUGGCUGGGAAUCUUCUCAUCGUUGUGCUAGUGGUGGCUGAUCGGCACCUUCACACCCCCAUGUACUACUUUGUGGCCAAUUUGUCUACCGUGGAAAUUUCCUACGUCUCCACCACCCUGCCCAGGCUGAUUGGCAGUCUCGCGACUGGGGACAGAACCAUUUCUCUCCAGAACUGCUACGUGCAAUUCCAUUUCUGUGUUAUCCUUUCCACUACACAAGGUCAUCUGCUCACGGCCAUGUGUAUUGACCGGUACCUAGCGAUCUGCCAUCCCCUCCGUUAUCCUGCUCUGAUGAAUGGCAGGGUUUGCUGCCACAUGGUGGCCUGGGCCUGGAUAAUCGCCAUUUCCUACACUAUCAUGCUGGAAAUGUUAAGUUUGCAAUUAACAUUCUGUGGUCCCAAAGAAUUUAACCAUUACUUUUGUGAUUUUGCACCCACAAACUCAUUCUGUGGUGAGUCCAAGACACUGUCAAUCGGGACAAAUUAUGUGUCUAUCAUAUUGAUAAAUAUGAAUUUUCUACUGUCCCUGACAUCCUACACUUGUAUCCUCAUCUCCAUCCUGAGAAUCAGAUCCAGCACUGGGAGGCAAAAGGCCUUUUCCACCUGCUCCUCCCACCUCAUUGUGGUUACAGUUAACAAUAUGUGUGUAAUUACAAACUAUGUGGUCCCAGUGUUCAGACCUUCCCCACUUCUGUACAAAAUAUUGUCUGUCUUCUAUGGAAAUGUGAUACCUUUGAUCAACCCUGUCCUCUACAGCCUGAGGAACAAGGAGGUCAGUCAGGCCCUGAGAACAGCUAUUCAGAAACUGGCUGCUUUCAGACACAGGCACAGAGUGUGA